UUCCCCACUCCACACCUGGAUGUGACGGGUGAUGACUGAGCCUCAGGGCAGCAGGUUGGCGCGUGUGACAGAAACACAGUCGCCUGCAGCUUAAUUACGCAAAAGCUGUCCCCCAGUCACAGGAGGAAAAAAAGAGGACCUUUUCUGCUGAAUCUGUCUAGACACCACGCCGUCCCAGCUCAGCACAGCCCGGAGAGAAAGCUGACCAGUCCUGACCAGCCGUGGAGUCCAGCGAUGCCCCUGCCCCAGCCACACCCGGCCUAACGAGGCCUGCGUGGGGAAGGGUCCCGACUGUGGCUCAGAAGAGAAGGCUCGCAGGCUUGCUGGAGAAUGAUGAAAAGGAGGAAGCUCUGUGAUUGAUCCUCCAGCCAGAAAUCAGCCAGAAGCUGGAUUGUAUCCUCCCAGACGCCCGUAACCCUUGGUUGGGAGAAACCUGGGGAUAUUUCUGCCUUGGAAGCCUGUUGGGGAACGCUGAGGGGUCCCAGCUCCAACGGGCUGGCUGUGGUACAAAUGCUGGAUGACAGAGCCAGGAUGGAGAUCACCAAGAAGGAAAAGGCGGAACAGAUCCUGGCGGAGUUCCAGCUGCAGGAGGAGGACUUGAAGAAGGUGAUGAGGCGGAUGCAGAAGGAGAUGGACCGAGGCCUGCGGCUGGAGACCCAUGAGGAGGCCAGUGUGAAGAUGCUGCCCACCUACGUGCGCUCCACCCCGGAAGGCUCAGAAGUUGGGGACUUCCUCUCCCUGGACCUGGGUGGCACCAACUUCCGGGUGAUGCUGGUGAAGGUGGGGGAAGGCGAGGAGGGACAGUGGAGUGUGAAAACCAAGCACCAGAUGUACUCCAUCCCCGAGGAUGCCAUGACAGGCACCGCUGAGAUGCUCUUUGACUACAUCUCUGAGUGCAUCUCCGACUUCCUGGACAAGCAUCAGAUGAAGCACAAGAAGCUGCCCUUGGGCUUCACCUUCUCCUUUCCCGUGAGGCACGAAGACAUCGACAAGGGCAUCCUUCUCAACUGGACCAAGGGCUUCAAGGCCUCUGGAGCAGAAGGGAACAACAUCGUGGGGCUCCUGCGGGAUGCCAUCAAACGGAGAGGGGACUUUGAGAUGGACGUGGUGGCGAUGGUGAAUGACACUGUGGCCACAAUGAUCUCCUGCUACUACGAAGACCGCCGGUGUGAGGUUGGCAUGAUUGUGGGCACGGGCUGCAACGCCUGCUACAUGGAGGAGAUGCAGAACGUGGAGCUGGUGGAAGGGGACGAGGGCCGCAUGUGUGUCAACACCGAGUGGGGCGCCUUCGGGGACUCGGGCGAGCUGGACGAGUUCCUGCUGGAGUACGACCGCGUGGUGGAUGAGAACUCCCUGAACCCCGGCCAGCAGCUGUACGAGAAGCUCAUCGGCGGCAAGUACAUGGGCGAGCUGGUGCGACUCGUGCUGCUGAAGCUUGUGGACGAGGACCUGCUCUUCCACGGGGAGGCCUCGGAGCAGCUGCGCACGCGCGGAGCCUUUGAGACACGCUUCGUGUCGCAGGUGGAGAGCGACUCGGGCGACCGCAAGCAGAUCUACAACAUUCUGAGCACGCUGGGGCUGAGGCCGUCGGCCACCGACUGCGACAUCGUGCGCCACGCCUGCGAGAGCGUGUCCACGCGCGCCGCGCGCAUGUGCGCCGCGGGGCUGGCGGGCGUCAUCAACCGCAUGCGCGAGAGCCGCAGCGAGGACGUGAUGCGCAUCACCGUGGGCGUGGACGGCUCGGUGUACAAGCUGCACCCGAGCUUCAAGGACCGGUUCCACACCAGCGUGCGCAGGCUGACGCCCAGCUGUGAAAUCACCUUCAUCGAGUCGGAGGAGGGCAGCGGCCGGGGUGCGGCCUUGAUCUCCGCGGUGGCCUGUAAGAAGGCCUGCAUGCUGGGCCAGUGAGGACAGAGGCUGCAAAGCAAGGAGGCUGUGGCCGGCCACUGGACGUGGGCUCCAGGGAGCGCGCUCCCUACCGGUGCUCCCAACCCGGCCCAGUCAAGAGGCUUCUCCGUGUAAGGACCCCGGACGCCUCCCAUCCCCACUGUGAUCCCCAGAAGUUGGGGAAAGCCCCUCGAGGGGAGUGAGGGGCUUGGAGCAGGCCUCUUCGCUCAGGGUCAGUGGACAGGACAGCCCUAGGGCUCUGACUAGGGUGGGGGCUGAGAUGAGCAGGAAUGGAGACCCCCCAAAGUACCUCACCUUUCUUGCUGGAAUCAGGGACCCAGAAGGGAGUCACUCACUCAGGAUUUUGCUGCAUUUGUUCCACUGCUUGGAACUUUCAGCCUGGCUCAGCCAACCUUGGGCCCUGGCUCUGGGAAGGAGAUGCCCCUUGGACCCUGCUAUGGCCUGCCUUCCCUGGGAACUCAGCACACAUAGGGAGGCAGCCCUUGUCACCUGGCCAGACCUAGACCUGGGUUCCAUAGGGUGAUUUGAGGGGGGUGCUGCUGAUCACCCAGGCCUGGCCGUUUUCUUGCCUGGGAAAUGGGGUGACCAGCUCCACGGGGGAGGCUGCAGGUACCAUGCAUGAGGCCUGGAGAUGGCAGACUUUCCCCCCUCAUACUGCCAUCCCUGAGUGGUUUGUGGUUCUGGGAUGGACCCUCACAGGAGGCCCAGAGGGGCCCAGGAAGAGGAGGAGUCCCGCUACCCACAGGCAGGCUUGGGAGCACCUCCAGGAUGGAGUCCUUGGCUCCCCCAGUGCUGGCUGGGAGAGAAACCCCAGGCAGCACUCAGCACACCUUCAAGGGACAACCCAGGCCCCCUUCUUCUCACCAGACCUCCAUGUACCACACCAACCUCUUCGUGCCCAACCUGGGACCGUGUGGGUUUUUUUUUAAUUAAAAGUUUUAAAAGUUUAGAACGUGACCUUGUCCACCAUUCUUUGACCAGUGUGUAAGGGCUGUGGGACAGCACGUAUCUAGAUGUGGUCACAUGCACACAGACACUCUGUAGGCCUAGGCAUGUCUUGGAAUUUGUCAUCGUCUCCGACCAGCUACGCCGGGGACGUGUAGCGUGACAGACCAGGCUGCAGAAACAGGAAUGGGGGGGCAUAGGGGGGCAGUGUGGUCAGAGGUUCUGGACUUCUGGGGUGUGGUUCCACCUGACCCUAAUCACACAGCCGCUCUGAGGUUUCCAAGAGCUCCAAGGGUGUGUCCAGGAAGGAGUGGGGCUGCUCUGGGAAGAGGGCAGGCAGGGCUGAUCUCUAGGACUGGUCCUGCUGCAGGUUGUCUCAGCAGAGGGUCCCUGGGAGCCACUUGUGUUGUGGCAGU